CCGGACAAGGUCGAGUAUGUCCGCCAGGUUAUCGAUGCUCUCUACCAAGCCCGGGCUAUCGUUGCGUCCUACAAUAUCGUUCUUCUCUCUGUCAUUCUAAUCUUGGCAGUCCUGCACUGGCGCCAGAGAAGGAGAGACAAGCAUAAGUGGCUGCGAUUAAGGGAGCCGCCGGAAAACUCGACUGAUGGAAUUUGCUGCCCAUCCGAUGCUGUUGAGGACAUCGAUGUCGAGCGAGCUCCGUUGCUGGCCGGCCGACCAACCCAGAAUUUCAAAGGGAACAUGAAGAACGUCCUCGGCAGGCGAAUAUCCUCUUGGCUUAUACGACAGCCGCCCCCUUUGCCGAUCGUCAAUCGAACCCUCCCGUCCAAUGCAACCUCACUAUUCGUUCUCGCCUGGGUCGCCCUUAACGUCUUCAUUCACUUCUUCCGUCUCCCGCUGCGCUGGGAUUUCUUCUUUAUUUUCGCCGAUCGUGCGGGCUUCGUCUUCAUCGUCAACCUACCCCUACUGUACCUCCUCAGCGCAAAGAACCAGCCGCUCCGCAAGCUCACCGGCUACUCCUACGAAGCCCUCAACCUCUUCCACCGUCGCGUUGGCGAGCUCAUGUGCUUCGAAGCGGCGGUGCACUUCAUCGGCAUGCUAGUAUGGCAGUUCGUGCUGGCAGAGGAUUGGCUCCUCGCGACGCAUUCACCAAAAGCCUACUUCACGCAUCCGCUCAUUCUGUUUGGUGUUGGCACGCUCACCUGCUACGAGGUCCUCUUCUUCACCUCCCUCGCCAGCUUCCGCCAGCGCUGGUACGAGCUCUUCCUGGCCACCCACGUCCUCCUCCAGGUCUCUGCCUUGGUCUUCCUCUGGUUCCACUACGAAACCAGCCAUCCUUACGUGGUCUUCUCGUUGAUCAUUUUCCUCGCCGACCGGUUCAUUUGGCGCCUGUUGCUUAAGCGGGCCAACCUCAUCGCUACCAUCCACCUCCUCGAUAAGGAAACCUACCUGCUGUCGGCAGACUGGCCCAUUCCCUCCGACGGCACACCGCCUGAACAGUCAAAAUCCUCCCGGCUAUUGCCCCUCGGCUACAAAUCCAUCCUUCACGGGUGGGAUCCAACGGACCACGUGUUCCUGACCGUUCCGGCACUGGGGCCGUCAUACGCGCUCCAAGCCCACCCGUUCACUAUCGCCUCAGCCGCGCCCGGACGCCCCCAGCACCACCGCCUCCUAAAUUCAUCAUCAUCAGCACCAGCAUCAAAUAAGGACGAUUCCGUUCAGAUCCAUGCCUCGCUCACCCUCCUGAUCCGUGCCCACAGAGGCUUCACGAGUGACUUGCUCCGCUAUGCCCAACAACAGCAAGAAAAACAACAAGAUCAAUCCCAACCAGGUCCUCUCCGGCUCUCCGUGCAGCUGGACGGGCCGUACGGGUCACCCCACGCGCUUGACAUGCUGCGCGCGAGCAGCUGUGCGGUGCUGGUUGCCGGUGGGAGUGGCAUUGCCGUGGUGCUGCCUUUGGUGUGGGCUCUGCUUCACGAUCACGGUCACCAUGCCGAUGGUGGUGGUGACCAUGAUGACAAUACUAAUAGCAGCGUGAGAGCCUGCAGCAGCAGCAGGACUCAAACUCCAAUGACUCGGAGGACGCCGGCCCGGGUCUGUCUCCUGUGGGUGACACACACGCGAGAGCAUCGCGCGUGGGUUCCCGGAGGCCAGUUGGAUGAGUUGGCGGCCUCCCCGGGAGUGGACCUCGUCAUUCCGGAACCCACGGCUGAGGCUGGCCGGCCGGACGUGGCGGGCACGGUGAAGCGGUGGAUUGAGAAUGCUGCUGCUGCUGGCGAUGAUGGUUUUGAUGGUGGAGAAAGGGAGGUUGGUGUGCUGGUGUCCGGCCCCGACGGGCUGAACAGGACGGUGAGGAACGUUUGUGCGGAUGCGGUCGGGAGGGGGAGGCCUGUCCGCGUGGCGGUGGAAAAGUUUGGUUGGUAA